AUGUUGACAAAUCCUAAUGCAAACGCUCCGGGUCCAAGCCCUCCGGCUGCUUCUGGCCCCAACGGCGGACCGUCCAAUUCCGACAAAGAUGCGGAAUGGAUUGCCCGCCUAGUCAAUCAAUUGGUUCCGCGAUUCCAAGCCGCCGGUGACCGCAUGCAGACUGAUGGUGAUGGUGACGUGCUCCAAACAUCCCAGCCCAUUAGCAACAACCCGGUCAUGCAUCCUGGCGUUCCUGCACACCCCUCCAGCCUUCCCUUCAUCACCACAACACCCAAUCAGGACCUUCCCAGCAAUCCCACUCGCUCUGGAAACCCCCGGAAACAUGGAAAGAGGUCUGCUUGCAUUAAGCCUGUUGAUCUACUGGCCAAGACACCCAAUGCGCCUUCAGGCAGUGACGUUGAUCAAUCCACAACCAACCAUAUCUCUCAAACCAGAGAUCCAGACCACAGUGGCUACACCAGCAAAUCCUCCACCCCAGACACCGACAGACCCACACUCUCCUUCGGCACCCGGCUCUACUGCAUCCUUUGCGGCAGGAACAAGCUCAACUGA